CUCUGUUUAAACUCAACGCGAUGUUUUCAUAUAAAUAGCAGAUUCAAGCACCCAUAGAAUGGUAAAUUAGAACACAAAAAAGCCACCAUGAAUAACCACAAUAUCAAAAUUUUGAACUUCAGCAACUUGGAUGCUGUAACUUACCCCAUAAUCAAAAUCAUUGGUCGUGUACAGUACUCGGCAAGUCUGUCAUGCCAAAACCAAAAGGACAAAAAUGUUUACUUGAGCCAGAACAAUAACAACACUGUUCUUAUAUCAACCAGUCUUAUCAAUGACAAAUUCAAAUUCUUGGUGGAUUUGGCACAGGGGAAGAAUCAAAUAAAUAUUAAGUACUGCUGUGAGAACGUUUCUAUUGUUCUGGAGUAUUUUCCAGUUUUAUCAGAGACCGCUGUGAUACCGUUGUAUGUGAUAUGUGAGGACCACGAUGGCUGUUUUCAAGCUCCUCCUUGGGAAAACAACACCAUCGAAAGCGCUUGCAAAAGAAUCAAUUUGGGAUUAAGGUUGCUGCAGUGUGUUGCCGCUGAAAAACUAUACGAGCAUGGACUAGGAAGGAAAACGUUUUUCCUGAGUGGGGAGUGCCAGGUUUUCAGGAGUCAGAUUAGUUGCUUGGAGGCGAGAAAUAUGACGCAAAUGCAAUUAUGGGAAAACAUUGGCCGGGAAAUAAUGAAGUCCAACUUGGGUUCAGAAAAUAAAAAAUAUUUGGCUUUUCUCUCAUGUACCAAAUACUACGGAGAGAAAUAUAAAGAAGGAGUAACAAAUACGCACGAAGAUCUUAUGGAGAUCACCAAAGGAUACGUGGCCUUGGGUGGAGGAGGGCUAGCGUUGUUUGGUACUGCAUGUUUGUAUACUUGGCCAGAAUAUUUUGAGGAGAUCAUUCUUCGCUUUGAGGAUAAUAAUUUAGUGGACAGGACGCAGUUUUUGGACGAUAGCUGUUAUAGAGGUACUUUAGGAGCCUGUUUCUCUACAACCCUCGGUUCAGUGCUUCACGAACUAUUUCAUACUUUCGACUUAGGUCACACAGAAGAGGGAAUAAUGGGUAGAGGUUUCGAUAAUAUUUACAAAGUUUUUACAAAUUUCGACGUUCCGAAUCAAACCCUAGAAGCUGGCUACGAUACCCAAAGAACCUUCCAAGACAAAAUUGAGUUCAAGGAAGAAUUCGAACCGGAGAGUCUACUAGAGAGACUUAAGAAUGAGAAUAAGAAAAAAGAGUUCACUGUGAUCAAGAAGUUUGAAGAAAUCGACGAUACCGUUCUAGGAAGAAGUUGUGCUGUGAUAUUGUGUUACCACAGGUGGUUUAAUCAAACAGUCUCUAAGCAAUCGUCAUUGCUCACUUUUGAUCCGUUUAACAAACUAAUCAAGUCAACAGCAGGAGUUCGAGUAGUUGAAAUACGAAGCGUAGAAAAAGAACUGGUGUUACACAGUUGGGUUUUCGAUGGAAGAAUCUUAAAAUUUUCAUUCCAAAUACCUCAAGAUAUUCUAAAAGGAACCAACAAUUCCAGCUGUAUCGUUUUUGUGGAAGAUACUAUUGGUUGCAUUUUGAAGGAAGAAUUCAGUGUUUAAAAUAGGGUGAUCAAAAUUGUUUUACUAGUACAAAUGUUUACAUAAAAGUUGACAUAGAAUAUAUUCUGUAACUGUAACAAAGUUUGUUCUACAAGUUGUAAUAACUAUUAAGAAUGUGCCAAAGUUUAAGUAAAAGUUGAUUGCAAAUGUUAGCUUCAUAUGGCAAACAAAAAAAUAUUAUAAUAUUAACAAGAACGAGAUAAAUGCUUAGUUCUAUCGAAACUACUGGCGCUGAUGUCA